CGAGUUUUCAUGAAUUCUCCCAGAAGCCACCCCUCUUCCUCUUCCUGUAAGCGGCCUCAGGUGAUCUGUGAAAAUGGUCCGCUACUCUCUUGACCCAGAAAACCCCACAAAGUCAUGCAAAUCAAGAGGUUCAAAUCUUCGCGUUCACUUUAAGAACACCCGUGAAACUGCACAGGCCAUCAAGGGUAUGCAUAUCCGAAAAGCUACCAAGUACCUGAAGGAUGUCACUUUAAAGAAGCAAUGUGUGCCAUUCCGGCGUUACAAUGGUGGAGUUGGUAGGUGUGCCCAGGCCAAACAGUGGGGCUGGACACAGGGACGGUGGCCCAAAAAGAGUGCUGAAUUUUUGCUGCAUAUGCUUAAAAAUGCAGAGAGUAAUGCUGAACUUAAGGGUUUAGACGUAGAUUCUCUGGUCAUUGAACAUAUCCAGGUGAACAAAGCACCCAAGAUGCGCCGCCGUACUUACAGAGCUCAUGGUCGGAUUAACCCAUACAUGAGUUCCCCCUGCCACAUUGAGAUGAUCCUCACUGAAAAGGAACAGAUUGUUCCUAAACCAGAAGAGGAGGUUGCACAGAAGAAAAAGAUAUCCCAGAAGAAACUAAAGAAACAAAAACUUAUGGCACGGGAAUAAAUUCAGCAUAAAAUAAAUGCAAAUAAAAUAAAAGAAUGUUGGUUGUCUUAAGUUAGUAAAUCGUUUGGGUGUUCUCAUAAGAUGGACCAAAUAUGUUUGUUUAUGACUAAAAUUAGAAACAAGUUUUUAUUUGCC